ACUUAGUAUUGUAUUGCCGUAUUGGUAUUCAAGCCGAGUUACAAGAACACUUAGAGGAAUAUGUUCUAAGUUACUAGUUUAAAUCAUACAUACAAUAAUAUGGAUAUGGAUGACGGAUCUCAAUCUGACUGUACGACAGAGACCAAACCUCUCUCGAAUGAAGAGGAAGAAAAACUAAAGCAACAAAAUUCUCGUUUGGUUACCGAGUAUGUUGCAAAUAAAAUCAACAUAGAAUCAAAGAAACAUUGGGAUCUAUUUUAUAAACGAAAUGAAACACGAUUCUUUAAAGACAGACACUGGACAAUAAGAGAAUUUAAAGAACUCAUUGGAAGUGAUAUUAGUGAAAAGACAAUUUUACUUGAAGUAGGCUGUGGAGUUGGAAAUUUCAUUUUUCCUCUAAUAGCAGAACAGUUGAAUAUGUUCAUUUAUGCUUGUGAUCUUUCUCCAAGAGCAAUUCAAUUGUUAAAAUUGAACCCACUUUAUUCUGAGGACACUGUUGUAGCAUUUCAGGCAGACAUAACAACAGAACAUAUUUAUGAAGACAUACAAAGAGAAUCAGUUGAUAUUAUUACUCUCAUUUUUGUAUUAUCAGCCAUAGAUCCUUCAAAUUAUAUAAAAAUAGCAAGAACAUUGUAUUUUCUUUUAAAACCUGGUGGAUUUAUUUUGUUUCGUGACUAUGGCCUGUAUGACAUGGCACAGCUUCGUUUCAAACCAGGUCAUAAAAUAUCAGAUAAUUUUUAUAUGAGACAAGAUGGGACAAGGUCAUACUUCUUUGCUGUGGAUUUUCUUGGUGAAUUAUUUAAAAAUGCAGGAUUUUCCAUUGUUACAAAUUGUUACAUACACAGAAGAACAGUAAAUGUUAAGGAAGGAAUUGACGUCCCAAGGAUAUUUGUACAAGCAAAGUUUCAAAAACCAUAUGUGGCAGAUGAUGCUGACAGACCAAUAAACGUGAAAUGACCAAGUACACCCCCUCAUGGAGAGACAAAAAUUAUCCACAUCCAGUAGAGAAAUACAUCAAGUGAAGAGGUCAAGAGUAUCAUCCAGGGAAUGAAGUUUCAAUGUUGGCUGGGAUAGACAAUAUCUUUCUAGAAUGCUGAAACCUCAAUGGACAUUACCAACAAAUCCCUUUCCUUGACCUGGCCAAGGCCUUUGAUAAAGUAGAUCAUUUUAUUUUAUUGAAGAAAAUGGAUUAUUAUGGGGUAUCAGACGCUUUUGUAAAAUUUUUCGCAUCUUAUUUAAUAAACAGAAAACAGUAUGUUUCCUAUAAAAAUAAUUUAUCUGCUACCUUUACGGUUCAAUCUGGAGUACCUCAAGGCUCAAACUUGGGACCUUGUUUGUUUACGAUUAUGAUAAAUGAUUUAAGUGACCGUGUGGUAUCAGCUAACCCUAUAUUUUUUGCUGACGAUUUAAAACUCUUCAAGUAUAUAUCCGAUCAAUCUGACGCCGAUGAUUUGCAGAAGGACUUAGACAGUGUAUUUUUAUGGGGGGGUGGAGAAUAAUAUGCAAUUUAAUAUUUCUAAAUGUCAUGUAAUGUCAUUCAGCAGAUCAAAGACUAUUAUUAAGAACAAUUAUUAUUUAAAUGGAACACUUUUGUCUAGAGUUGAUUCAGUAAAAGAUUUGGGAAUCAUCGUUGAUUGCAGUUUGUCUUUUAAUGACCAUAUUACUAAUUGUAUUUCUUCCGCCAGUCGGAUGCUAGGGUUGAUAAUCAGACAAGGAGUAAAUUUUCGAAACAGUGUAACAUUUAUUACACUAUAUAAGGCACUGGUUAGGUCACGACUAGAGACUGCAUGUAUAGUUUGGAACCCUACAUAUGCCGUUCACAAAGAUGCCAUAGAAAAUGUACAAAAGAGAUUUUUAAGAUAUCUUUACUUUAAAUGUUUUAAUAUUUAUACUUAUUUAAUUAAUUACGAGGAGUUAUUAAGUCUGUUUGAAUUCGAGAGUCUAGGUCUGAGGAGAGCAGUGAUGGAGCAAGCGUUUCUGCAUGGCUUAGUGCAAGGGCGGGUGGACGACGUGAUCAGUAUGGAAGCUCUUAGGUUUAGGGUUCCGCGCUUCAAUAGUAGGAGUAAAAUUAUGUUUGAUCUGCCACAUGUACGGACAGUAUCGCACGCGUACUCGCCUCUGCUACGGAUGAUGAGAUCUCACAAUUUAAUACUUUCGGAAGGAAAUAAUCUUGAUAUAUUUACAGAAUCAAAAUAUGUUUUUAAGAAGAAUUGCCUAAUGAUAUUAAAAGAUAAACCUUAUUUAUAUUGACUUUUAGAUUAUUAAUACAAUGUAUGCCUAAUAUUUUCACACAAAUAUAACUGUAAUUUAUCUUACUAUAACCGUUCCAUCUAUUUAUAUUUUUGUUGUAUGUUGUUACUUAAAUUAUUUGUAUUGUUGCAUGUGUUAAUCAAAUUACUUAGUCGUUGCAUUUAAGUACAAAUUUUUGUUAUGUUUCUCUAAUGAUUAUUGUGCUGUUGCUGUCAUUUAUACUUAUUUGUUAUAUAUUACUUGAUAUCCAGUGAUUAUUUUAAGUACUGAAAAUGGACCUUGCAAACCCACGAAUGAACUAUAUUAUGUACAAUUGUUAACUGCUUUAAUGUAAUUGGGUCUUAACCUGUAUUAAAGCAUGCAAACUAUAAAUAAAUAAAUAAAACAUUGUUGACCUACAAGCAGUUUUUGUCGCAAAACACUGGAAUGCGUCUUCGUAUUUAAGAAGACUUACCAUUGUAGAGUUAAUAACUGUGAAUUUCUAUUUUAUUUGUAUUAAAUUGCAUUUUUACCA